GUGUAACACAGCGUGCGCAUGCGCCUUGCGCCUUGUGUCUUGGUCAUGCACGGUGUGAGGCGGUUAAGUAAAUGGCUGAACUUUUUGUAAAUAAAAUAGCAGUUGUGUUUUGUGUCGUAGGGCGUUAAGGAGCUUCGGAUACAUAAAACUAUCAGAAUGUUGUGUUUUUAGAACAGUCAGAUGAUUCGUAAUUUCAACCUGCCAGUGUGUUAGCAUGACUGACCAGCGUUUGUUUUGCUAGCUAGCUAGCUAGCUCAACGACGCACAGAGCACUGUUGGAUGUCCAUUAAACUGUAUUUCCCCGACCUUACCCUCAAUAGUAAAAGACUUCGCGAGGUGGCACGUUAAUCCGAUUUAUUGGCGAGUCUUGUCAUUUAAAAGGGGGAAAAAUGUGUCUACCGCAAGACAAACAGCACAUUUGCUAAGUCGUGCUAACGGCUAAGUUUUAUUAACCAUCACCCAAAGGCAGUCAGCGGUUACGGCAUUUUUGAGUUGUACAAUAAUGUGACCGCAGUCCUGUAAAAGCAGAAUGGACAGAGAAUUGUUGAGGCAGUGUUUGGCGUACCAUGGAGAGCCACUGUUCAACAAACUCAAAUGUGAACAAACAGAAAACCCCGACUUCCAAGCUGUUGUGUCUGACCUGUGCAAGGCCACUUACGAAAGAAGGGCUGGAGGGAAGGACAGUCCCCUCGUUGAGCAAUUCAUUGCCAGGAAGGCUGACAUCUUGUUCUGUCCAUCGUGGAAGACAGCCAUUCAUCAGGAAGGGGAGCAUGAGGAGGAGGAUGCUGCUGAGCCCUAUGCCAUCAUGCCGCCGUUGGAGUUAUUCAUGGAGGUGUCUUACGAUGAAAGAAGAACCAUGCUGUACAGGGACUUGGAAAGAGGAGACAUUGUGGUGGGGAGGAUCAACAACAUCAGAGAAUAUGGUUUCUUUCUCACACUGCUUAGUACAGCAGGAGGACUGAAGAGAGACAUAGAAGACCUAGAGUUGUCGGCUCUAUGUCACAUCAGAGAGAUCCCCUCCACUGGCAGUCAUGAUGAUCCUCUGUCCUACUACCAGAUUGGGGACUUCAUCAGAGCUGCAGUGAAAGAUAUUGACCGCUACCAGGAGAAAAUCACAGUUUCUCUCCACCAGGCCUCUCUUUCUCCCAGCUUGGAGAACAUCAAACUGGGUGUCAUUGCGCGGGAGGAACUGCCCACACACUACAGUCGUAGUGUUCGUGCAGCUGCAGAUUCUAAUCAGACGUAUGAGCGUAUACUGAUGAGUUGCCAUGGUUACCACAACCCCUCUGUGGUGGACUACCUACUGGAGAAGGUGGGGGUUACUGACACCCACCCGCCAUCGAUGAUGAGAGGACUACAAAGCAAACUUUUCCAAGAGGAGGAUUUUGCCUCUGUAAUCAGGAAGAAGCAGUCUGCAUCAUGGGCCUUGAAGUGUGUCCGUGCAGGUGUGGACCACUUCAAACAUGGUCGUCAUGUGGAAGCCAUGAAUGAAUACAACAAAGCAUUGGAUAUUGACACUAAUAAUGUAGAAGCGCUGGUGGCACGAGGAGCGUUAUAUGCUAACAAAGGCAGCAUCAUGAAGGCUAUUGUAGACUUUGAAUCUGCCCUGGAGAGCUGUCCAGAUCACCGCAAUGCUAAGAAGUACCUCUGCCAGACACUGGUGGAGAGAGGAAAACAGCUUGAAGAACAGGAUAAACUAGUAACAGCGGAGGGAUUGUACAGGAGAGCGCUGUCUCUCGAUGAUUUGAACCCUGAGGCACAGGAGGCCCUGCGCAAGAUCACAGACACUAUACAGAAAUCCAUUCGCCUGCGAGAAGAAGCGCUGGCUAAGGAGCAGGUGAAAGCUACGAGCAGCCAGACCAGCGCUGAGAAAUUGCGUAAGAUCUUAAAAGAGGAGAAGAGGAUGAAGAAAAAACGGAAGAGGUCAUCCUCUUCUACUUCAUCAUCCUCCACUUCCUCCAGGAGGAACUCCUCUUCUUCAUCGUCUUGCUCCUCUCGCAGGAGGUCCAAAAAGAAGAAAAAGAAGAAGAGGAGGUCUGAGCGGGGAAGUAAGCGCCAUCGCAGGAUCUCCUCGAGGGAAAGUAGGAGGAGUGAGGAGGGUAAGGGCGCGAAAAACAGGAAGGAGGAAGAGGAGGAUGAGCUGGAAUGGUAUCCGGCUCCUCCCAACACCUCCGCCACCUUUCUCAACCAGAAGGGAGGCCCCAGGUUUGGAGAGAGAGAUGAGGAGGAGGCAGAUGAGAAGGAUGCUGAAGAGAGGAGGAUCAGUCAGCUGUAUUCUUUGUCUGCAGCUUCAGACGACGAAGAGUCCGACUCUUCACGCAGAGACAGGAAGAGGAGGGACAGGGAGGAGGGCAGGAUGAGGAGAGGGAAAGACAGUCUGAACAGAAGCCCAGAAAGGAGAGGAGGAGAGGAGAGGAGAAGCAGGAGUAGAGAAAAGAGGGAUAAGAGCAGGGAUAGAGGGAAGGAAGAUAACAGGAGAAACAGUAGAGACAGCGCUUCCAGUAGGAGAAGCAGCUUAGACGAGAACCGAAAGCGGAAAGUGUCCUGCUCGUCAGCUGAGUCUGGGUAUUCACGGAAAUCCAGUUACAAAUCUGAAUGUUUUGUGAACUUUGGUUCUGCGUCCAAACACUCUGAAAGUAGAAUGAGACAUGACUCCUCUAAGAGGAACUCGUUUGACGGCGGUAGGUAUGAGAACAGAGGACGGGAGGUAGAAGAGGCACAGAGAGAGAAGGACAGAAAGGGGAAAGUAGAGGAAGAGAGCAGCAGGUCAGAGGUUUCUGGAAAUCAUAAACAGAGUGGUUUGACGUCACUGUCAGGAGGAGGCCCUAAGAAAGACCUCCCUUCUAACCUGAUGGAUAUUUUCAAUCAGAUUGCCAAGUUUGAGAAGGAGAAAAAAGUUAGGCCAAAUGAAUAACUUGAAACCAAAAGUCCAGAAUGAGCCAGAUACUCGUGAAACAAGACUUUGAAACAGAUGUUUGUAUCAUGUAUUCAUUUAUUCUGGACUGGACAUCAAGAUAAUCCUGCUGAAACAAUGGCCAAAUAUGUUGUUGAUCGACUGUCCCCAGUUGUUGUGAGUUGCCGUCAGUGUUAGAGAAAACCCUCGAGUUGUUUGGCUUUGAAACAUCUUGUUCUUUCUGCUAGAUUUCAGGCCUGUGUACAACUGUAGCUGGGUAUUAAAAUGUUCAUCUAAAUGGGUUGAAAGUAUCAUUUAAACAAAAUCAACACUAGAUAACAUUAUUGGGACUGGGACAUGAGGGCAUGUUGUGUACAUUUUGUUAUUACAUUCAUCAUCAGCAGUCAGUUUCCACAGGCUUUGACAUCUCUUGUUUUGUGUCCGUCGAGAGUCGAGACUGUUUUCUGUUAAAGAAGAUAACUGCCUUAUGUUGACUACCUUGUGCCAUUUUGUGCAUUCCCUCUGUGGCUUCUUGAAUCUUUUCCACAACAACCUGACUGUUAGUGCUGCAGUGCUUUUUCAGGCUUUACACAACAAAGAUGUUACAGUUGGAUUCUAACUCAUUUUCUCCUGUUGUAAAACAAACUCUGUUGAGUAAAUAAAGCAUUUUUAAAUGUCAA